GGCUAAAUAUCCGUUUGCCGAGAAUGGCCUGAUAGUGGAGUAGCCGAAAGAAAGGAGAGAUGAGUCGACUGAGAGGAGCAUGUCUAGAUUCCCAAAUGUGAGGGAACAUAUCAUGAGGAACUUUACUGUCUACGAUCCAAAGAAAGAUCUUUCGAGACGUAGAUACAACACACUAAGCGAAGCUCUGAAAGAGACGGGACUGCCUAACAAUAUCAAACACAAACACCUUCUCACCCGCAAAGGGGAGGACGGAGGGGAUGCAUCGUCGUCAGGGGGUGGGGGCAUUGUGAGUGAGGGGGACAUUAAAGAGAUGUUUGAGAAGUAUGACGAGAUUCAGAUGGAGUUGAUGGAAAAGCACUUGGCCAGGGAUAAGAAGAAGAAGGAGCUACGACAGAGUGACUCGAUGCGACACACCAUCUCCUCCCCCAGACAGAGAAUGGGCGUGUGUCUGAGAGACGCCAUAGGAGCGAGUGCAGACUGGCCCAUGGAUCAGACUGAGGUUAGGGACAAUUACAAGAGUGAAGAGUACGAAAGAAGCAGGAACCAACUUCCCCCUCCAGAUGAGGCCAGGAGGAGAAGGGACAGUUACAGCAAAUGGGUGGGUUUGAACGUGCUGGAUCAAAAACACAGACAGGAGUGGAAAGAGUAUCUGGCCGAGACAUCCCAGAAGCCAGCAGUGUAGAAGACUGAUGAGAAAUGGAAAGAUAGAAACUCUGCUAAUGAACUCUAAAAUGGGCACAAUCACUAAUUUUGAUGUUAAAAUUGAAAAAAAAUUAAAGGAUCAGUUAAAUUUUGAAAAA